AAAACGGGUUUUAAUCAAGUGAGAAAACUGAAAAUGAGAACAUAAACAUUUAGAAAACUGAAAUUAAAUCGCAAUUUAGUCGCACCGAAGUGCAGGUCAGUUCUUCUUAAUCAUGUAAUACCAACGAAAAAGUGCUCUAAAUAAUCAACGAUCAGAAAAUUUGUAAAACAACAUUGACUUUUUCUCGUCUCUUUCUAAUCAACUAUUCUAAUCAAUAAAACGAUGGACUUAAUUGUUACUACAAUUGAACAAAUCGGUUACCUUUUCUAUCUCGUUGAUCCUCGUAAACAUAUUUACCAUCGAGUCGAAGAUGUUCCCGAUUAUGUGUCGAAAGUGAUUCCUUAUUUUUCAUGUUUCAUGGCAUUGGAACAAAUUGUCGCCGCAAUCAGAGGCUAUAAAUUGGCUCGAAUAACGGACAGUUUUACAUCGAUUGCCGCUGGAAUCCUCAUGGAACAAUCAAAGAUUAUCAUGAGAAGCCUUUUAAUUGUGUUCUACGUUUAUUUCCAUGAAAAUUUUGCUCUAUUUUCAUUGAAUGGAGAUGUAACUUCUUGGCUCAUUGCAUUGGUCGCUCUCGACUUUACAUAUUAUUGGUUCCAUCGAGCAAGUCAUGAGGUUAAUUUCCUUUGGGCAAUUCAUCAAACUCACCACAGUUCAGAGGAUUACAAUUUGUCAACGGCCUCGCGACAAUCAAUCCUUCAAGUUUAUUUCCAUGCGUUUUGGUUCGUUCCGAUGGCUUUGUUUUUCCCUCCGCCAAUGUUUCUGGUUCAUCUUCAGCUCAAUGUACUUUACCAGUUUUGGCUUCACACUGAACUAAUUCCGAGUUUGGGUCCAAUCGAGUGGAUAUUCAACACACCGAGUGUCCAUCGUGUCCACCAUGGACGUAAUCGUUAUUGUAUCGAUAAAAAUUACGCCGGAUUUUUAACCAUUUGGGAUCAUUUAUUUGGUACAUUUGAAUCGGAAAAAGAUCCAAUUGUCUACGGUCUUGUCCAUCCAAUCAACACCUUCGACGUUUGGACUGUUCAAAAUUCGGGCUGGAUCGAUAUUUGGAAUCGAUUGAAAUCAUCUAAAGGUUUAAUCCAUAGUUUAUCAAUAAUCUUUAAAGGUCCAGGUUGGGAUGAAGGAAAACCAAGAUUAGGUGAUCCCAAUGAUAUUCCUGAAGUUGAUUAUUCAACAUCAACCAAAUACGAUCCGAAACAUUCAAUCGCAAUUAACCUUUACUUCAUGAUUCACUUUGGUGCUGUUUUAAUUUUCCACAUGAAUAUGGUGACAAUGGCAACAAUUAACAAUCCAUUAACUUACCUGUUCAUUGGUUACCUUACCUUUUCAAUUGUUUGUCUUUCCAAAUUAAUGAAUGGCCGUGAUUGGAGUAAACAAGAAUUAAUCAGAUGUUUACUAUUUUUCCCUCUACAAUCAACGUUUAAUCAACAAUUUAUGGAUAAAUUGUUAAUCCAAUAUGGUUUACCAGGAUUAACUAGAUUAAUAUUUUUCUUGUCAACAUUAUAUUGGACAAGUAAAGUUAUCAAGAUGAAAAAUAUUGUCAAACAAUUUAAAUCAAGUUAAAUUGUCUCAAGAAAACAUUGCCAAAUAAAUUAACAAACUCAAUCAUCAACAUGUCAAAUUACAA